CAGCCUCCUUCCCCCCGAGCGGAGCUGCGGGGCCGGCCGGGCGGGGGCGGACCCCGGGAACCCGGACACGGCCGCCCGGGCCCGCGGGCGGGGGGCUCGGCGGGGGGACCGGCGCCACCAUGGAGUUCCGCCAGGAGGAGUUUCGGAAGCUAGCGGGACGCGCCCUCGGGAGGCUGCACCGCCUUCUGGAGAAGCGGCAGGAAGGUGCAGAGACGCUGGAACUGAGUGCUGACGGGCGCCCGGUGACCACGCACACCCGCGACCCGCCGGUACUGGAUUGCACCUGCUUUGGGCUCCCUCGCCGCUACAUUAUCGCCAUCAUGAGCGGUCUGGGCUUCUGCAUCAGCUUUGGCAUCCGCUGCAACCUCGGCGUGGCCAUCGUGUCCAUGGUCAAUAACAGCACGACCCACCGCGGGGGCCACGUGGUGGUGCAGAAAGCUCAGUUCAACUGGGAUCCCGAGACUGUCGGCCUCAUCCACGGCUCCUUUUUCUGGGGCUACAUUGUCACCCAGAUUCCCGGAGGAUUCAUCUGUCAAAAAUUCGCGGCCAACAGGGUUUUUGGCUUUGCCAUUGUGGCUACAUCCACGUUAAACAUGCUGAUCCCCUCGGCGGCCCGCGUCCACUAUGGCUGUGUCAUCUUCGUGAGGAUCCUGCAGGGGUUGGUGGAGGGGGUCACGUACCCCGCCUGCCAUGGAAUCUGGAGCAAAUGGGCCCCGCCCUUAGAGCGGAGUCGCCUGGCGACAACAGCCUUUUGCGGUUCCUACGCUGGGGCGGUGGUCGCGAUGCCUCUGGCCGGGGUCCUGGUGCAGUACUCGGGGUGGAGCUCCGUGUUCUACGUCUACGGCAGUUUCGGGAUCUUCUGGUACCUGUUCUGGCUGCUCGUCUCCUAUGAGUCUCCGGCUCUGCACCCCAGCAUUUCGGAGGAGGAGCGCAAGUACAUCGAGGACGCCAUCGGCGAGAGCGCCAAACUCAUGAACCCGGUCACGAAAUUUAACACCCCUUGGCGGCGCUUCUUCACGUCCAUGCCGGUCUACGCCAUCAUCGUGGCCAACUUCUGCCGCAGCUGGACGUUCUACCUGCUCCUUAUCUCCCAGCCUGCUUACUUCGAAGAAGUGUUCGGCUUCGAGAUCAGCAAGGUGGGCCUGGUGUCGGCGUUGCCCCACUUGGUCAUGACCAUCAUCGUGCCCAUUGGCGGCCAGAUCGCGGACUUCCUGAGAAGCCGCCGCAUCAUGUCCACCACCAACGUGCGCAAGCUGAUGAACUGCGGGGGUUUCGGCAUGGAGGCCACGCUGCUGCUGGUGGUCGGCUACUCGCACUCCAAGGGCGUGGCCAUCUCCUUCCUCGUCCUCGCCGUGGGCUUCAGCGGCUUCGCCAUCUCCGGCUUCAACGUGAACCACCUGGACAUCGCCCCGCGCUACGCCAGCAUCCUCAUGGGCAUCUCCAACGGCGUGGGCACGUUGUCGGGCAUGGUGUGCCCCAUCAUUGUGGGCGCCAUGACUAAGCACAAGACUCGGGAAGAGUGGCAGUAUGUGUUCCUGAUCGCCUCCCUGGUGCACUACGGGGGUGUCAUCUUCUACGGGGUCUUCGCUUCUGGAGAGAAGCAGCCAUGGGCAGAGCCUGAGGAGAUGAGUGAAGAGAAAUGUGGCUUCGUAGGCCAUGACCAGCUGGCUGGCAGUGACGAGAGCGAUAUGGAGGAUGAGGCUGAGCCCCCCGGAGCACCUCCUGCUCCUCCUCCUUCCUAUGGGGCUACACACAGCACAUUUCAGCCCCCAAGACCCCCACCCCCUGUCCGGGGCUACUGACCAUGUGCCUCCCACUGAAUGGCAGUUUCCAGGACCUCCAUGCCACACAUCUCUGGCCUGAAUGACAGUGUCAAGGAGCCCCACUCCUCAGUCCAGCCUCAGGCCUAAGAAGCACUCUCCCUGGUUCCCCCUGCUGUCAAGUCCUCUUCCCCUCCUGAAGGCCUCUCAGGGGUAAUGAAGCUGUAGAAUGGCAGUUUCAAGGAUACCCAAAUUCCCCCAAAGGUUCCCUCUCCACUUGUUCUGCCUCAGUGGUUUCAAAUCUCUCCUUUCAGGGCUUUAUUUGGAUGGACAGUUGAAUCUCUUACUCUUGUGGUUUUGGGCACCUGCCCCCUUUUCCUUUAACCCCAGGGACUCUCAGGCUAACCCCUGUGAUUUCUCAGCCCCCCUCUCCCUUCAGAAAAACUCAAGGUCUUCCUCUAGAAGUUUCAAAUCUCUCUCAACUCUGCAUUUUCCAGGUUGGGCUAACCAACCACCCAUCCCCGCUGUUCUAGGGUUUGAUUCUCACCAGCGUUUCUGAGGGAAAAUGGCGGUUUCAAGUCCCCCCUUCACCUCUCCCUCCACUAGCAGAGUCUGCUGUUGCACCAAAUUCCCCAGGACCUCCCUAGCUUAGCACAAUGUCUAGGGGAGCAACCAAAAUGGCGGUUUUAACGAAAUGCUUCUUAUCACCCCCAUGCACUUUUUUCUGACACGGUUUUCAGGUCUAAAUAGUGGCUGCUCGGCUCCAUCAACGCAAUGGUUUGAGCCACCAACCAUUGAACGUCCCCAUGGUGGUUUCAAGAUGCCCUCAUGCCCCCAAUUCCUUGCACUUUAUUCUCCUGGGUGGUUUCAAACUACCCUCAUUUUCUCAGUGGCCAUUUGUUGUGUCCCUCAGGGGCUAAAUGACUCAUGAUCUGGGAUCUUCCCCUCUCCGAUGCCCCUUCUUCAGCUUAGAAUUUGGGGAGCAUAUGUAGAAGUGACAGAAUCCCAGGAAUGGGAAUGGGGAGAGGGGGAGGGGUGUUCUUUCCCAGGGCAGGUUUGUGUCUUUGUGUCUCUGUCUCUGUGAUUGUAAAUCCUGCCCUGCCCCACUCCCAAUAAAAUGCUUUGGUG